UAAAACCAGUGAUUCAGUGAUUAUUACUGUAAAAGCUGGAUUAGGCAGGAGAUUUAGCAUAGAUUAUCAUGUUUUUUUAGUGACCAUGUUAAUGCAAAUUUAUUAAUAAAUUUUUCAGCAGGCGGCAUCUUGUAAGGCGAUGUUUUCUUUCAUCGCACGCCGCUGUGGUAAAACGACGCCAUUUGUAACUCGCAAGACGCUUUAUCGUAUCUUUAGUACAAAUAUGACAAACAAAGUCGAAGAAAUCAUCGAAUACUGGUUUGGACCAGGUCAUGUACAGUGGUUCGGGGGCGGUGAGGCAGUGGACAUUGAAAUACGAGAAAAAUACGGUGACCUAGUGGAGGCAGCUUUCGAUGGCAAGUUGGAAGCGUGGAAGGAUGAACCAAGGGCAAGUCUAGCCUUGAUUAUAGUCUGUGAUCAGUUCUGUCGAGGUGUGCACAAGAAGACCGGGAAAAUGACUGGUUUAGACCCGAUUGCAUUAGAGGUGGCUCAUAAGUUUGUCGAGCAGAAGACACACAACCAUCUGGAUUUUUCCUUCCAUCAACGUUGGUUUAUAUACAUGCCGUUCGAACAUAGCGAGGAUCGAGCCAAUCAGGAGCUAUCCGUGAAGUUCUUUACGCAACUCCUGGCUGAUGCGAAAACACCAGAAGAGAAGAAAACUGGGGAGAUGUGUCUGCAGUACGCAAAGAAUCACAAAGAAGUAAUUGAUAGAUUUGGCCGCUACCCACAAAGAAAUGCUAAAUUAGGCCGAGAAAAUACACCAGAAGAGGAAGAAUUUCUAGCCAAUUUACCAUCCAAGUAUAAAUGGUAAAAUACCGAUUCACUUUCACUGAACUAUCAGACUGGGCUAUAUACAUUUUAAAACUGUAUGUACUAUAUAGUUGUGCGUACAAUUGCUACUGUGUUUUCAUUAAAAUUUCACAAAAUGUA